AAAACGUAAGCCAGUUUCAGAUGGAUCUGACACAGAGGAAAUUCCAGCUGAGCACAAAGCAAGUGUUCAAGACACAUAUGGCUGUGUAAAGUGGGAGCUGAAAUAUUUGCCACUCUCUGAGACUGAGGAUAGUCAGCAAGAAAAAAAAGAAAAGAUGAAGACUAUGUUUGAAGAGAUGAAUUACAGUACAGACGACGUGAAAGAAUUGGUACAAUGCACCUUUUACACACAGCGUAAAGACAUCAACAAGGGGACCAGCAUAAGGCAACUAACCCAAGAGUGGCCCUUUUUGUUCAAGGAAUCUGGAAUGGUAGUACACUUCCAAGAACUUACUGGUGUCAGUCUAAUGGAGUGCUUCCAUGCCAACGUGGACAAGAAGUGUCGACGCCUCUUAAGUUUCUUUAAAACUGUUGAUGCACCAAAACACAAACAGGUUCUGGAUGUUUUUAUCAAGUUUCAGACUGAGAGAGGCCAAUUGGAUGGUUGUCCAGGAGAUGUCAUCGAGAUGGUACUUCUUUUACUGGCUCAUUUUGGUGAAAAAGAGGAUAACCUGUUUCAUUAUGUCGAUAAGACAUGCCUAGCCAGAGAGGUUCAGAUGGAGAAGCUGCCAGCAACACCCUGCAUUAUUGUGUGUGGGUCAUCCUGCUUUACUGCUGGGAUGUUCAUGUUGAGCAUCGACCAAGAGGUUGUCAACGACCACAUCACUUCUUUCGUACCUGCCUUCUGUCUGCUGUUUGGCAGUUACUACUGUUUCAACAUACACUACCCAGUGGAACUACGGUCAACACUUGAGUUCCUUCAAAGGUGUUUCUUCUCGAUAAAUCCCGAAAGAGGCACCAAAGUCCAGUGGAAGAAAAACAAGAAAGCACUUGCUGUCAAUCCCAGAGUCCUCACUCUUAUUGCUGACCUUGCAGACCAUGAGUGGACCUAGACAUUCCUCAUGGACAAUAUGUUAA